AUGGCUUCACUCCUCGCGGCUCUUUCAGCCUUGGGCUUGAUAGAGGCCGUGUGGGCUGAGCCUACAGUCUCGUUCCCAUUCAAUGCGCAACUUCCUCCAGUCGCCAGGCCAAAUGAGCUCUUCUCAUAUUCAUUAUCUCCAAACACAUUUCGAUCCGACUUCAGUAUGACGUACUCUCUAGGAGAGCAUCCCAAGUGGUUAUCAAUCGAGAGCGAGAACCUACGCCUUUACGGGACGCCAAAGGACGAGGAUGUCCCUCCAGGCGAGGUUGUAGGCCAGCAGUUUGAUCUCAUUGCGACGGACAAAACUGGCUCGGCUUUCAUGAAUGCUACGCUUGUCAUCUCACGCAACCCACCGCCGUCUAUACAAGUCCCAAUCUCGCAGCAAAUGGAUAAUUUCGGCCAAUUCUCAGCUCCAUCUUCCAUAUUAUCCUAUCCAUCGACCGAAUUCCACUAUACCUUUGAUCCGAAUACAUUUGGCGCGGGGGAGAAUCUCAACUACUACGCAUCAACCAACGAUAACACUCCUUUGCCGGCAUGGAUCAGGUUCGAUGACAAAACGAUGACCUUUUCUGGCAGGACUCCGGAUUUCGAGACGUUGGUCCAGCCUCCACAGACAUUCGAUUUUAAUCUCGUUGCGUCUGACAUCGUCGGCUUCUCGGGAACGUGUCUUUCUUUCGCCAUAGUAGUGGGAAGUCACAAACUCUCUGCAGAUGACCCAGUCGUUCUUCUAAAUGCUACAAGAGGGUCCAAAGCGAGCUACGAUGGUUUGGCAAAGGGUAUCCAGUUGGACAGCAAGACCAUCCGGUCAGGUUCCCUCAACGUGUCAGUCGAGAAUAUGCCAUCCUGGCUAACUCUUGAUCAUUCAACGCUUCUUCUAGAGGGAACUCCGGGAGGCGAUGACCAUUCUACAAAUUUUACAGUCGUCAUUCAUGACUCUUUUGCCGACACGCUCAACGUUUUGGUUCAAGUCGAUGUGGCGUCGGGAUUAUUUCAGUCAAACCUCGGGGACGUCAAAGUUCAGCCUGGAAGUGAAUUUAGCCUAGACCUGUCCUCGCAGUUCCGCGAUCCAAAUGAUAUCGAGCUCAAAGUUGAUGUCGAACCACAAGAGAGUUGGCUUCAAGUAAAAGGGUUCAAGAUGUCGGGCAAUGUCCCCAAGACGGUGACGGGAAAAUUCAAUUUGUCCAUCACAGCCAUUUCGAAGAGUACUGGCCUUACAGAGACGCAAGUUGCUCAUGCCGAUUUUCUCUCACUCUCGGAGCCGACGAGAACGGCAUCGUCCUCCAAGCCUACAACGCCGGCCUCCGAGGACUCCCACCAUCAUCAUCUAAGCGCUACUGAUGUUCUCCUUGCAACUAUCCUACCAGUUCUUUUUAUUACUUUCGCCAUCAUGAUGCUCGUAUGCCUCAUGCGAAGGCGACGGGACCGUCGCACCUAUCUGUCGGCAAGAAAACAUCGGCCCAAGAUCUCGGACCCAAUACUAUUUACUGUACGCAACAACGACUCAGACGUUGAAACAAUCUACCAUGCAGAGGACGCUAUUCGUUCUAAUAAGUCUAACAGCCCUCAGCUGUAUCACAAAGGCGACGGGUACCGUGUUGGGGGGAGGGUUCGCCCCCUUCGUCCCCUAAGGUCCGGUACACGACUAUUUAAGAAAGGCGACGGUAUCUUUGCAAGAGUUGCAUCACGAGUAUCAUUGAAGUCAUUAGCAUCAGGCAAAUUGGGCGGUGGAUUGGCCAUGCGUGGUCCAUCAUAUCCGAUGGCCUCGGGAGCUCGGUCUGCCACAGGGAGUGCUAGCCUUCUGGGAGAUGAUGAAGAUCACGGCUCCUGGUUUACUGUGGAGAGGGCAACAGUUGGUGAAAGAAGCCACAAGUCAUCAGACAGCCGGCAGUCCGACACGACCCUACCUGAAGUCGCUCAGCCAUACUUACCCACAUCUGGCUUUCUUUCAGAGGCGGGGGAGAGUGCAUUCAGGAGCGGAUUGGAUCUGACUCUGCCUUCGUUCGAUGACUUGGCCAAUAUCCAACCCAUGCCCCCUGUGGCACAACAUAAAUCGGGCCAGCGAGCUACCUCUCCAGCCUAUUCAACCAUUACAUCGAGCUCUGCUGCAUUACCAACGGAUCUCGCCCUUAUUCAAGAGCCAUUCGACCCCAGCCUAGUCAGCCGAGCAAAAGAGACGGCCAGGAAGCCUCUUGCCAUUUCAAAAGAAGCAGGCGAAGCAGGCGAAGCAGGCGAAGCAGGCGAAGCAGCAGAAAGCGCCUCGGAGAUAAAGCAGCCAAGUCAAGCACGACUUCCAAGCCAAACAUGGCUCAGUCGCCGCGGCUCCUCCUGGAAAGAAGGAGACUCUGUGAACGGGGCCAAGAGCUUCCGCACAGAGCCGUCAUUCGGGUCCCAAGAGAACUGGCGAGUCAUCGGACGAAGGGACCCAAGCGUGGCAUAUCUAGAGCUCGUAGACGAGACGCCCUUCCUCCCAUCCAGAACGAAUUCGAAGAACAACCUGGGGCAGCCGGAGGAGAGGCGCAGUCUUGAGCUCAUGUCCCCUAGCAAAUGGGGUGAAGACGAGCGGAAGAGCACAAUACGGCCGAUGCGGUCGACGAGUGUGCUAAGCAAUGGCAGCUCAUCUGUGUUCGGGGAGCGGGAAGCAUUGGCAAAGGCAAGGUCGACGACUUUGAAGACAGAGGAGUUGGCGGCUGAGAGAUCGGAGAGGAGCUUCCUGGCGUUUAUAUAA